AUGCAGCAUUCAAAGUCAUGUGCAACUCUAGCUUCCCUGGGCUGGGAGGUGGAGGACAUCAAUGUCUCCAACCACAGCCUGCGACGCAAGGACUACAAUGUCCAAACAUUUAAAGCUAUAUCACACGACUAUAUAAACCGGUCUCUUCACUUGGCGCCUGAGGCUGGCCAGUAUAUGAUACGACACUCGCAAAACAAGUUCAUCAUCAAGGCAUGCCACGUUCCUGCAUACCUUGAUCUCACUCUAGGAGUGUGCGCGUCUGCCUGCAACAAACAACAAUACACCUGUGGCGCCUCCAACUUGCCAGGGCAUCAAUUGCUGCCAAAUGGAUCUGCUAAAAGAUAUAUAAGAAAUUGCAGUCUGUAUGUUCUUGGAUUGGGAAAUUCGACAGAUGGAUGUGGCUUCUUCACCUUCAUCGACUCGUAUUCCCUUUCCAUGCACCUUAACUUCUCCGAAUGCAGCAAAAAGUACACUGUGCCAGUAGUCUAUGAAUGCGUAGUUGGGAACAAGAGCUGCAAAGAGGGAAACAUUUGCGGCGAUAAUAGUAGGUGCAUCAACUCUACUACCCACACAGGAUACAAAUGCAUAUGCACGGGAGGUUUCCAAGGCAACCCUUAUCUCCGCGAUGGAUGCAAAGACAUAGACGAGUGCAAGGAAUCCAAACGACACAGGUGCUUGAAGAACAGUCGAUGCAUCAACACAGAAGGAAGUUACUAUUGCUUACCAAAUCGUAGACAUAUGCUAGCGCUGAUCAUUCCGUUGGGAAUUGGCCUUGCUGUUGGCGUUCUGAUUCUAAUUGGUAUUAGUCUCUGGAUGCGACGAAAGCUGGAAAUGAUCAGUGACAGAAAGAAGAAACAGAGAUUCUUCAAGAGAAACGGAGGGCUACUGCUGCAACAACAGGUAUCCUCGAGUUUGCAAGAGCCUACACUUUUUAAAAUCGAAGGCCACAGAUAA